UUAACUUAUUUGAAUUUCAACAUGCACACUUUCCGAGUAUUCGAAGAUAGAUUUUUCAAUGGGAGGCAUUUCCAUUUGACAUACAAAAAAAGAGUUCUCAACAGAGAAAACAACAAAUAAUUAGUUGAUAUGCACCGGGAGCCUAAACGUGACGUUUAGCGCACGUGCGGACUGAUUAGACGCUGCUAGGAAUUGUUUGUGGGAAAAUCGACUUUCUAAUUAACUGCAUGAGGUUUGUUGUUGUAACUUGGAAAGGGUACGAAUUCGCACAUACAAUAUAGCCCCGAGGAAUGCGUAAAGUAAUAAAAUAAUCCGAAAUAGUUUCAAUCCAAGGUUAUUUUUUUUUACAAGAGUAAAAUGUUAAUUGUGUAGAUAUUCCAAGAAAACCAAUGGCCUAAACCUCAUGUCUCCAUCACAAUCCGAUCAAACGUUAUUGGAGUGUUUACCCUUGUAGGAUGGCCAGAAUUCGGGUGACUAAUGGAGACGAGAAGAAAAAAAGUGGUCAAAAAUCUGGAAAAAUUGCAUCGUGUCAGAGCCUUAAUUCUUGCACAGAAUCUAGCCUAUUGGCAACUUGACAGGCUCAUUUUCCCAUUUAACCCAUCUUCUCGAAUCCGCAGUAUAGAGGUAAGAUGGACAUCGUGUUUGAGACAUGACGUAGUAUUUUCAUAUUUUAGUAUACGCUUUAUUAAUUCGACAUUCCUGUUUUUUCGAAGAAUUAUUUUUUUUAAACAAGCCUAGGCCCAUCUCUGAAAUCUCAACUGAGUACUUACUGAGCAUAGCUUUCGAUUUCCAAAAUAUUUUACACGUAAUUACAUUUGUUAAUUUUGCGACAACUUUGUGAAGUAAUUUUUUCCAGUUGUUACGAGAAACGCGCACCGCUAUGUCAACAGAGCUUGGUGCUUGUUAUCGGAUGCAUUAUAUUAGAUCCGACCUUUUGGGCAGACCGCUAAUGAUAUGUUAGAGACCGUAGCGAACGAUUCAGAACAUGAAUAAUCAUGUCUUCAUACUAUAUAACAAAAUGAAGUUCAACUUCAUAACCAAAGUGCGUUUUCACCCACUCUGGUCAGUGGGUGAACACCUUGUGUGUGUAUCUCCCAAUUACUUUGAUAUGUUUCGGGAAGAAACUGAUUUCUAGUGCUUCGGGCAUAUUUUAAUCAAAGUGUAAAAUGUUCGGUUAAAGUCGUUGCAUACAGACUAAUUACUUGUAUCCAUAAUAUUCCCUAACAUUGCGCAUAACUAACAAUUUAGCGAAUUCGAUGUCAUGGGCCUGUAGAAUAGCCUAAAUCAUUAUAUCUAAAAGGUGAUUUCGUUAUAGGCUACCCAAAGUCAGUGCAAAUGUACAAUGGAUUUAAAAUGGUUAGCCUAUGUCAAUUAUGGUAGCCUAUGUCUAAUUGAAUUAAAUCAGUGAGUUGAACCAAUGGGCAUGGGAAGGGCUGUAGCCUAUUCCAUGGAUCCCCAAAAGCUCCUCCCCUGAUGCUUGCCGUGAGUUGAGUGUGUGAAUAAGGCGAUCAUAUAAGAGCCCUUGAACAAUUCGUGAGCAGAUCAUAAUCGUAUAGUAAGCGUAAAUUCGUAGGUGCAACUGAGAAGGUCAGCAUUAGUUAGCAGAGGAGUGGCGAGCCGGACACAGAGGACUCAUACCAGGGCGCAGUGGUGUAGCGUCUUGAUGGUUGUAAUUGUAGCCAAUUUUUGGAUCCUUUAAAUUUUUGUAGUGUGUGCUAUUUCAAAAAUAAUGCAGCUGGAGAAUAUUCUUCCCAGCGCAUCAACCAUCAACUUACCCAAUACUUUUUAUAACCUCUCGUCGUCAGAUAGUGCAAAUAAUAGCCCGGGGCCAUCGCAGAUCGAAUAUCAAGAAGUUGACCGGACGGAAUCCGAACCAAGUAACGGUCCCAAUAAAUAUUUGAGCGGAGCGGGGAACGCCAUGAUGGGUGAGGGAGAGGGCAAUGCCUUCACAGGGACUAAAGCUGCCCCAGACGGAAGAAAGGGCUCACCGGUCCUCGGUGAAGAUGACCAGUCCACUGGCAGGCGGUACCACAUAGAUGAACUUGGCUCUGACAGAUACUUUAUCUCGUCCUCACAGACGAGCUCCGAUGUGGCAAAUCAGUGUUCCCUCUUUCCAUACGCAGGACAAACUGGGACAAUGUACAGCGGGUCAAAUGGAUCCAGGUAUUCCUCCCUUCAUUACGGAUCGGUCCUGCCACCGGCAGGCUUUUCAUCCUCCGUGUGCCCUAGCCGGAGUCAGUUUGGCAGUAGCUACCAGUUCGGCCAGGGUCCAGGUUGCCUGUACCCCUCCUAUCCGGGAACGGGUUCAGGUAUUGGUUCCAUGGCUCUCCCAGGGUCCACACCGGGAACGAGGGCUCAAGUUUAUCUCUGCAAUCGGCCCCUGUGGCUCAAGUUUCACCGAUUCCAGACGGAGAUGAUCAUCACGAAACAGGGCAGGCGGAUGUUUCCAUUUCUCAGUUUCAACAUCACUGGACUUAACUUGACCGCGCAUUACAACGUAUUUGUUGAGGUCGUGUUGGCCGAUCCAAAUCACUGGCGAUUUCAAGGAGGAAAGUGGGUUACUUGUGGGAAAGCAGACAACAACAUGCAAGGUAACAAGAUGUAUGUUCACCCUGAAUCCCCAAACACUGGCGCUCACUGGAUGAGGCAAGAGAUCUCCUUUGGCAAACUGAAGCUGACCAACAACAAGGGGGCAAAUAAUAAUAACACACAGAUGAUUGUCCUGCAGUCUCUGCACAAAUACCAGCCUCGGCUGCACAUCGUGGAGGUCACCGAAGAGGGAGUGGAGGACAUAGGCAGUGAUGCCAAGACACAGACAUUUACUUUCCCAGAGAACCAGUUCAUUGCAGUCACUGCCUACCAGAACACAGAUAUCACACAGCUUAAAAUCGACCACAACCCCUUUGCUAAAGGCUUCAGAGACAACUAUGACUCGAUGUACACAGCCCCAGAGGGUGACAGGCUGACCCCAUCCCCGACAGCCUCCCCUCGCUCUCACCAGAUUGUGCCGGGUGCCCGCUAUGCCAUGCAACCCUUCUUCCAGGACCAGUUUGUCAACAACCUGCCACAGAACCGCUUCUACACUGGGGAGCGGGCCGUGCCCCAGACAAACAGUCUCCUCUCCCCCCAGGCUGAGGAUGCCGGGGCCAGCUCGGCUCAGCGCUGGUUCGUCACCCCGGUCCAGCAGUCGGGCUCCAACAAGCUUGACCUAUCCUACGACCAGGACUACUCAGCCAGCAGUCUGCUGUCCUACGGCAUCAAGCCCCUGCCCCUCCAGACCUCCCACGCCCUUAGCUACUACCCCGACUCGGCAUUCGCUUCAAUGGCGGCCGGCUGGGGCACCAGAAGCACUUACCAGAGGAAGAUGACCACAGGCCUGCCCUGGUCCCCUCGGCCCAGCCCCCCAGCCUUCACAGACGACCAACUGGCUGCUAGCAAAGACAAGCUGCCCGAGGAGAGCACCGCAGCCUCCACUUGGGUGGAGACGUCCCACUCGCUGAAAUCUGUGGACUCUACCGAUUCGGGUGUGUACUCCAUGGUCUGCAAGAGACGCCGGAUGUCACCUGGUGGAUCGAGCACAGAGAACUCCCCCACCAUCAAGUGUGAGAACUUGACCACAACGGAAGAGUACAACAAAGACAACCCCAAAGGCAUGGGCUACUAUGCCUUUUACACGAGCCCCUAAAGACUAUUUAUUAAAAUCGUAUUCUUUUGUUUUAAAUUGAGUGCCCACUUUUUUUUUUUUUUUAAAUACCCUUUUCUCUAAAGGUGCCAAAGCUUUGUGCUCCCAAGCAAGCUGCACAGAUUACUUACACUCCCCGAACACACAUGCAUUGUGACAAAUGUUUUUAAAGCAUGUCCCCAGUUGAUUUAAUUUUUUACUAAUGUGAUUUUAUUUAAGGUCAUUUUGUUGUACAGUAUUUGUGCACUUUAGUAUGUGAUGUAUCUUGUACAAAACUGUCUUCAUGAGGUGUUAUGAAAUGGGUAAUAAAAACAAGCUUUUCAUAAACAAUGUC